UAUAUCACAUUCUUUUCAAUAACAAAACAAAUCAUUCAUUUACAAUCUACAACUUGCAACAUAUUGAUAACAAAUAAUGGCAAGGGUGAUUAAGAUUGUUGCUCUCUCUGGUUCUCUUCGAAAAGCUUCUUUUCAUACUGGCCUCAUUCGUUAUGCUAUUGAGCUAAGCAAAAGUGUUAUUGAUGGUAUCCAAAUCGAGUACAUUGAUCUUUCAAACUUGCCAAUGUUGAACACUGAUCUUGAGAAAGAAGGAACUUUUCCUGCUGAAGUUGAAGCAUUUCGUCAUAAGAUUCUUGAAGCUGAUAGUGUUCUCUUUGCUUCUCCUGAGUAUAAUUAUUCUGUCUCAGCCCCGCUAAAGAAUGCAAUUGAUUGGGCAUCAAGACCACCAAAUGUUUGGGCUGGAAAGCCUGCUGCCAUUGUGAGUGUUGGAGGAGCCUUUGGUGGAGGAAAAGCACAGCAUCAUCUCCGCCAAAUCGGGGUUUUCCUUGAUAUUCAUUUCAUCAAUAAACCUGAGUUCUACCUAGAUGUAUUUAAGCAUCCAGAUAAAUGUAACGAUGAUGGUGACUUGGUUGAUGAAGAGAUCAAGAAUAGAUUGAAGAAAGUUAUUGUGUCCUUGAAGGAAUUUACCCUUAAACUUCAAGGCAGAAAUUGAAGCAAAUUAUGGUUCCUUGUUGUAACAAGAUUUGGAUUUCAAUACAUUUGUUUAUGUGAGAAUUACAUUUGCAAAACAUAUUUCUUUUUAUUACGUGUGGAAUUUGUAUUUAAGCAUUGUUUCUUACAAUAAUUUUUUGGAACAUGCAAAAACCUUGUUUGAUGUAAGAGGGUUUCCUUAGUAAUUGCAUAGUAUUUUUAUUUUAGC